AGUAGAGUAGCCGGUAGCAUGGCCGAUAACACAGUGGCGGAGUCGCUGCUCCAGAAGCUGCGGGAUGGAGACUGCGGGGGACUGGACAGCCUGGAGCUGGCGGGGGCACUGGGGGUGGAUCACCAGCAGGUGGUGGGGGCAGUCAAGAGCCUGCAGUCCCUGGGAGAGAUAAUCGAGGCUGAGCAGAGAUCCAGCAAGAAGUGGGAGCUGAGCGCGGAGGGGCAGGAGAUCGCAGAGAGGGGUAGCCAUGAGGUUCAGGUGUUCCAGAGAUUGCCCAAAGAGGGUCUGCUGCAGAGCGAAAUGAUGAAACUCCCCAUAGCGAAGGUGGGCUUCAGUAAAGCCAUGUCUAAUCGCUGGAUCCGGUUGGAUAAGGCGGCGGAGGGCGGACCUCGUGUAUUCAGAGUGGUAGAUGCAGUAGAGGACACAGUUAAGGAAAAGCUGCAGCAGAUCCUGCAAGGAAAGUCGGACAAUGUGAAUGAGAAGGACAAGAGCGAGCUGAAGAAGAGGAAGCUUCUCAAUGAAGUGACCAUUAAAACCUACUGGGUGACCAAGGGCAAUGGCUUCAGCACAAGUAUUACAAAGCAAGAGACGGACCUGACCCCCGAAACGAUCGCCAGCGGUUCUUGGAGGGAAAAGAAAUUCAAGGCUUAUAAUUUUAAUGCGUUGGGAGUGAUGCCAGAGUGUGGGCACCUGCACCCCCUGAUGAAAGUCCGCACACAGUUCAGACAGAUCUUCUUAGAGAUGGGGUUUACAGAAAUGCCGACCAAUAACUUCAUAGAGAGCUCCUUCUGGAACUUUGACGCUUUGUUCCAACCUCAGCAGCAUCCAGCCAGAGACCAGCACGACACCUUCUUCAUGCAGGAUCCAGCAAUGGCAUCAGAAUUUCCUAUGGAUUAUCUGGAGCGAGUGAAGAAAGUUCAUUCUGAGGGAGGAUAUGGAUCACAAGGGUAUAAAUAUGACUGGAGCAUAAAUGAGGCCAAGAAGAAUCUCCUGCGGACACACACCACAGCGGUCAGUGCUCGGAUGCUCUACAAGCUUGCUCAGCAGGAGUUCACACCGGUGAAAUAUUUCUCUAUUGACAGAGUGUUCAGGAACGAAACUCUAGAUGCCACCCAUCUUGCUGAAUUUCACCAGAUAGAAGGUGUUGUGGCUGACUACGGACUCACCCUAGGAGACCUUAUGGGUGUUCUGAAGGAAUUCUUUACUAAACUCGGAAUCACUAAACUGCGUUUCAAGCCUGCGUAUAAUCCUUACACAGAGCCGAGCAUGGAGGUCUUCAGCUACCAUGAAGGCCUAAAGAAGUGGGUGGAAGUAGGAAACUCUGGAGUCUUCCGUCCAGAAAUGCUGCUUCCCAUGGGUCUUCCUGAGGGGGUGUCUGUCAUUGCGUGGGGUCUGUCCCUGGAGAGACCGACAAUGAUAAAGUACGGCAUUAACAACAUCAGGGAACUGGUAGGACAUAAGGUUAACCUGCAGAUGGUAUAUGACAGCCCUAUAUGCCGCCUGGAGUCGUAACGACUAUAACGCUGAUGAGUAUAUUUCGGUAUCUUCUGGCUCUGUACCUACCUGCCGUAUGGACUGUUUCUUGAUGACGACUCCGCGCUGCACAUUCUUCCCUAGGAAAACUUUGGAGACUUGUACAGUUGCCCAGAAUAUAUUGUUUUACAUUGUUUGUAUCCGUAGACUUUUGAUAAAAGAGAUUGUAACCUUUCUAUAGAUUUCCAUUUACAAAGAUGGACUAUGUUACGUCGUGCCGGGCCAUGGGGAGGUCCCAGAGUACCCCUUUCAGAGCAGACUCUGGAAAUGCAACAUUUUAUAAAAUACAACUGGUUAUAUCAGAUCUAGGGGGCAGGAUAUUUAUUUAUAUACAAUAUUAGGACCUCGUCCUUUAUCGCUGAGACCAGUGGUUCUGGGUUCGGUACAAUUUACAUACAAGGGAUUAUUGCGGAGAUGAAGAUAUACUAAACUGCUUUGUCACUGCAGGUUAUCAUGAAAUAAAAA